AUGUCUCUGGACAAGGAGAAAAGUGCCGAAGGGGAAAAAGAGUGGGUCCCUUUUCAGUUGUACCUGCAUUUUGUAAACCAGUCACCAGAAAAGACAAGUGGGCCAAUGAUCAUGGUGCUCCUCAGGGGUCAGGGAGCUACUUCAGCUGCGUAUCGGCAAUUAAGACAGCGGCCAUAUAAGCUUCGUUUUGGAGGACAGGUCCUGAUGAGGAUAAGAAGAGAAAUUCAAUCAACUCAAUUGAGUUCCGGCUUUCGAAACCUCCAGGUUUUAGAUAAUGUGCCCAGUCGGAGUUACCGGGGAACAGUACUCACACCCCUGCCUCGAGGCUGCCCAGCCCGGGCCGACGCGAGACUCCCCAGCCUGGCGCCGCCCACUGGGCCUCAUUCACAGCCCGGCGGGCCUGGCCCGGGCGAGACUGAGGCUCUUGCCUCGCCGGGUGUGCCCGUUUCUCUCCGGGCUGGCUCUGUCCCUGGCCCGCACCCGGGACCUCUCCUGAGCCGCAGCACGUCUCCCCCACCCCCAGCCCCCCCGGGCCUUGUCCUCAGGCCUCGGCUGCGCCAGGGGCCGGGCAUUGCGGGCCGCGGCAAGGCCCGAAGCUGGGUGGCUAGGCCUGUGCGCCCGCGGGAGUGCGCAGCCAGCAGGAGCCGAGCGCUGGCCCCGCCCGAGCCCCGCAGUCAGGCCUGCAGGUCUGCUGCGGGCCGGGGCGCCAGUCGCUGGGAAACCUCGCGGCCUGGCGGACUGCAGGGGUCAGGCAGGCUUCGAGGAUUGGGGGUGGGGUGGCCCGGCCGAGAGGACAGCGCCCUGCACCCCAAGGAGUUAAAACCGAGACCGACGGAAGGGACGGCGAGUGCCUUCUUUCUUUUCGGACCCGUUGCAGUACUCAGCGGCCCUGAAGGCCAUAGGCCAGCUUUGGAAUGGGAAAGCGGUCCAUUCGGCGUCCCGGGCAGGGCCAACUUGCCUGGCAGCCCAUUCCGGUUACCUGCAGGACAGGGGCCGGCAGUCACGUUCUCGCGGCCACUUAACCGGAAGCGGCUAGCCCUGGCGCGCACACCACAUGUUCGAAUCUGCAUCUCACACCCAGGGAGAACCUCGCUGUUGUUACCCGGGCAAAGCUGUAACCCAAAACCAGGCGUGCCAGUACUAGGUGGUGGUUUAUUGCAUACAGAAAGGUGUUUUAAAUCAUGCAAAAGAGGAACACAAAAGAGUUAGGCAGGAGACCAGCGCAUCCCACGCAAAUGGAAGCAGACAUGGUUGAAAACAACCAGAAUGGGAAGAUACAGGAUCAGAGUCAGCCAUGACUUCCGCUUGGGUUUUUGGCUUCCUUCGAGACCUUUAAGAUGACCAGCUAUCUCUCUCCUUUUUGUUCCACGAAAGGGUCCAAUCCCCCAUCAGGCAUCUGCGUGCCCAGAUUUGUGACCAGGUGCCCUGAUCACCUCUGAUUUUCUCUUCUAAACCGCCUCAGCCUGUCAGCGCAGGGUGCUCUGAUAAAACCUGAUUCCCCUAGUCGCCCCAUUUCCGCCCUUGGGUUAGUGUGACAGAAAAGACCGGCAGCCCCUGGGACUUUCACCUGGAAUGGGGAGAGCAAAACCCCAAACAAAACCCAUCCCCAUGUUUUUUGGCAUUAGGCUCUGAAACUGCACAGAUUAUAGGAUUUGUCUCGGACAGAAUUAACAUUACAUGUGAAACCGUGGUGCUCCGGUGUAUUAAGACAUGUUGUAUAGGAUUGCUUGGAGCAUCUCUUUCAAACUGCCUGUUAAUAGCAACACGAGACCUUCAAUAAUAAUGUGUUUGGUGAUGG